AUGGAAAUGAUAUCUAACAGCGAGUUUAAAUCAAUGAAGAUGAGCUUCUCGUGUUCUUCAUUGCAACGCUCAAGCGAGAACCUUGAAAGUUCAGAAUUAGCAAAAAGGAAAGUUAAUAGACCAUACAACAGUCUCACUAAGAAAAGAAAAGAUCCUAAUCAAGAAUAUCACAAACGGAGUUGGAUUAACCGAGACGACUGUAAAGAUGAUUUUUGGGCUGCCAUUCGAUCUAAUUAUGAUUACAUUAUGGAUACAAAUCUUAUUGAUAGCUGUAAAUUAUAUACUUGGCUGGGUAUUUUACAAGAAAUGGUUUAUUCUAAAGAAGAAAAUCUUCUAGAUAAAAGUCUUCGCGCUGCUCACAUGGAGGAGCUUCGACGUAAGGCUUAUCGACGACGAUUAUUCAACGAACAAGCAGCAAAACUUGUGGCUCGCACUCCUUCUCUUCGAGAUGAAGUUGCAUGGCGAGUCGACCAUUUAAAUGCUAAAUGGGAGCUUGUUGAACAAAUAAUGGCCCCAGCCCAACCUACUUCUGACCAACAAGACGUAUCCGCUGACUUUGAACAUGAAGUCAAAUGUCUUAGAAAAUGGUUACGUGAAAUGGAAUCUCGAUUACAACCUUUGAGUUUCCAAGUCAAUUGGACAUUUUUGGAAUUGGAGGAAAAGGCAACUGAGCAUAUG